GUCCGACUAUUCGAUACUCCUUGGCAUAUUUCUUAUAAACAGGUCUCAGCACCAAAAUUUAGCUAGCCACCUGAUAGGUCGGUAUAUUAAAAAGUACUCCGUAGUUGAAAACUCGGCUCUCCUCCUGCCCCUGUACUUUGAUAGGCAACAAUCAAUACCUGCACGGAGGCAUUUGAUAGCUCCGAGAUUGGCAGGGUCCUGUUCCCUUCCGCGCAGAUGCGUCGGAGAGAAGUGAGCGAAUUGGUUCUGCUUGGGUUCAGCCAUCAAGACUAAAGUAGCAUUUCUGUGGGGACGACGACUAGUCAGGAAAGUCCAGGGGGGUUAACCUAACCUGAUGGUUGGAAAGCAACCUUGGUUCUUCCGAAUAAGGGGCAGUUCGUUACGGUAUUGGGAGUUAGGGGUGGGUGUAUGGAUGUCGUACGAUGGUGGUAUGUAUGUACUACUACGACCACCUACUACUUCUGUAUCUCCCUGGAAGCAACCGGACUGUUUCAGAUGCGCGAUAAGAUUCUGACAAUAUACUCGGUAGCGGAGUCUAGUACUCUUUUCAUCUUUUAUGGGGGAUUUAAUUUGGGGGCGGAUAGCAGGUGGAAGUUGGAGGUAGGUACUAUGCUCGUACGUAUGUAUAUAGAAGGACUUGCUUGACUCGAGUCAGGUGCAAGGAUCGUUAGCGCUCGAUGGUGUGUAUCCAGUAGUUGUUGGUCGAUAAUGCAGGGCGUACUGUAGGGCAUUUGUCUGCCCUACGAGGUGCAUGAUGUAUCGAUCUCGCUGGACAUUAUUAAUACGUCUCUUGGCCUCAGCAUCCUUUUAAUUCUUGGCCUCAUAGCAGGAGCGGAAUCCCAUAUAUGAUUCGUGCCAACACACUGCCCCCUUGUGCUUUAGGGGAGUUUCAACACUGCAGGUCAUCGUCUGAGAACCAGCCGUCCGGCGCCUCCAAAUUGUCCUGCUUGCAGGGAAGGGAGGGACACGGACACUAAAAUACAAUGGGGAGAUUUCCAAGAUGGUGUCACCGUGGCACGGAUAAUUAGCCAAAGCCAUCCUGCAUCUGUGCUGUGCUGACUACUAGACACAAUGGAGUCAUGGACAUUGCGACCAGGGAAGACCAAGGGGGGUGGGUGUGUAGCCCUAUGAUUCAGUUGGCUGCUUUGCUGAAGCUGGUUGGUGAUACGGUAAGCGGAUGGUACGGAAGGCGUUCCCGUAUGUAAGCAGUAGUAACAAACAUCCCUG